AUGCCAUUAAGAUCACUAACUCCGGAUCUUUACGGUAAACAAACAGACUUACCAAUGUAAGUAAAUAUCCAAGAUUAAUUAAUUUUAAAAUACUAACUACUGUUCCAGUUUUAAUAAAUUCAAACCCAAGAAACAUUCAAGUCGAACAUUAAUCAAGAGAAUAUUUUACAUUUUGCUAGUUUGUUUAAUUUCAUUUACUAUUUAUUCAAGAUUCACAUAUAAUGUACAACCUACGAUACCCAUAGAGACCAGUAGCGAAAAAGAAGAGACACAAGAACAAGUAUUUAAAGUGACGGAGUCAGGAGUUGAAGAAAUUAUAAAUAAUACUGAAAAUUUAUAUAAAUUAGAUAAUAUAGAAUUUUAUGAUUUAAAUAAUUAUCAAGGUAAUAAAGAUGGUAAUGGAGAUAUUGUAUUAUUUUUAAUGCCUUUAAGAAAUGCAGAACAUGUAUUACCCAUGGCUUUUUAUAAUUUAAUGAAUUUAACAUAUGAUCAUAGUUUAAUAGAUAUUGCAUUUUUAGUAUCAGAUUGUUCAGAAGGUGAUACUACAUUGGAAACAGUUUUUCAAUAUUCAGUUGCAUUACAAAAUGGUACCUUAUAUGAUUUAUUAAGAAAAGAAGAAGAAAAAGAACGCACGGUAGAAGGUUCAAAUGAUUUAUAUAAACAAUAUAUGCCAAAAUCAUAUAUGGAUGCAGUUGAAGCUGCAUAUAAGGAUAAACCACAUGAUAAGAACUAUAAAUCUCCAUUUAGAUCAGUUACUAUAUAUAAAAAAGAUUUUGGUCAAGUUAUUGGACAAGGUUUUAGUGAUCGUCAUGCUGUUAAAGUUCAAGGAGUUCGUAGAAAAUUAAUGGGUAGAGCAAGAAAUUGGUUAACUUCAUCAGCUUUAAAACCUUAUCAUUCUUGGGUUUACUGGAGAGAUGCAGAUUUAGAAUUAAUAAAUGGAGAUGUUUUACAAAAAUUAAUGCUGUUUGAUUAUGAUGUUAUUGUUCCAAAUGUAUGGAGACCAUUACCUAAAUUUUUAGGUGAUGAACAACCUUAUGAUUUAAAUUCAUGGGUUGAAUCACAACCUGCAUUAGAUUUAGCAAAAACUUUAGAUGAAGAUGAUGUUAUAGUUGAAGGCUAUGCUGAAUACCCCACUUGGAGAGCUCAUUUAGCUUAUAUUCGAGAUCCAAAUGGUAAUGAAAAUGAAAUUGUUGAUUUAGAUGGAAUUGGUGGUGUUUCAAUAUUAGCAAAAGCAAAAACUUUUAGACAAGGUUCUCAUUUUGCUGCUUUUACUUUUGAAAAUCAUGCGGAAACUGAAGCUUAUGGUAAAAUGUCUAAAAAAAUGGGUUAUUCAGUUGGUGGGUUACCUCAUUAUGUAAUAUGGCAUAUUUAUGAACCAAGUGAAGAAGAUCUAAAUAAAAUAAGUAAGAUGGAAAGAAAAAAAAGGAGAAAGAAUAGAAAAAAGGAAUAG